AUGGACUGUGCAUUAUUACUGGAGAGAUCUUGAAAUGGGAAUGGAACACCGUAGAAUUUAAUAACCCUCAUCCCUGUCUCCGCCCCUUUGCCCAGGCAAAACUUAUCCAAGAUAUCCUUUAUAUUGCAGUAAACUCAUGCAGUGUUAUGGCUUCUGUUGACCUGCAAGAAAAGGCAAAUUUUACAAGACUCAGUAGACUUUUGGUUGACAAAGGAACUGAAGCUUUGAGACAUACAUUUGAUGCCAUACAUCCUCCUGCCAACCUACCGGGAGUUCUCAAUGCCAACAGAACAUCCCUUCUAAGGUUAAAACCUCGAGUUAUUUAUAAUUCCCAGUGGAAUUUACUGUUCCCUCCAUCCGGUAACCCGCCAAACUCGAAAACCUUUGAUGUUACAUUACUUACAGUUCUGUUUCGGAACAUUUGUGGCUUACCAUCAACAGGAUGGAGUGCAAUGCCUCCGGACACGGACAGAUCAAUGCAAGCAAAUAUCGUAAGACUCAAGUUCCUUAGAAAUGAAAUUUAUGCGCACGUGACGGCAACUCAAGUGGAUAAUACAACAUUUAAAUCUUUAUGGCAAAAAAUUUCCCAGGCUUUGGUAGAAUUGAACAUUCCACAGAAUGAUGUCGAUGAUUUAAAAACUUCUCCUUUAGGGCCUGAAGAAGAAGAAUAUGUGAAAAUACUUAAUAAAUGGAAAUCACAAGAACAAGAGAGUAUGAAAAUGCUAGGAGUGGUAGUAUCAAUUGCUGAAGAAAGCCGCGACGGAAUAAAACAACUCUAUCAGUCAGUUUUGGAGCAACGAAGUGAUAUCCAAGCCAUCCAAAAUUCCGUUGUUAAGGAUAAUAAUCUUGAACGAAAUUGCAGCAAAAAGAGUGACGAAGAUCUCUUGCGAAAACUCGCAAAGCUUAAUUUCAAGAGUAAAAUUAGACGUAAAGUCGAGUUGUUCCAUCCUGGCACGAGAAAGUGGUUAUUAAAACGAGUUGAUGAAUUUGUCGGAAAUGAGCAAAAAUCGGGAAUGUUGUUAUUAACAGCUGGUCCUGGGUUUGGUAAAAGUGUGUUUGCUGCUGACGUCUGUGAAGAAUUUAAGAAGAAAGGAAAGUUGGCAGCUUGUCACUUUUGUGACUUCAGUAAUCCAAUCCUAAGAGACCCAAUGACGAUGCUGCAGUCCCUUGCAAGUCAGAUGUGUGAAAAUAUCGCGGGUUUUAAAGAGAAGCUUCUUGAUCAGUUAAGGCGACCCCAUCCUGAAGUCCGAAGCCUGAAAAGUGCCUUUACAAUAUUCUUGCAAAACCCCCUUGAUGAAUUGGAGUUAGAAGAACCCAGUUUAGUCGUGAUCGAUGGCUUGGAUGAAAGUGAAACAGAUGAUAAAAAUGAAAUUGUGAAUUUGAUUGCUGAUUAUUUUUCAGAUCUUCCCGAGUGUAUCAAGGUCUUAGCGACGAGCAGGCCGGUAAUUUCCGUAGCAAAACUCACUGGUGUUCAAAAAAUUGAUAUUGCAAUUGGCGAUACCGAUAAUAAAUCAGAUCUUCGACUCUACCUCAAAGCUAGCCUUCCAAGUCUAGAGGAUAGUAUGUUUUAUGCGCUUGCUAAGAAAUGCGAGGGUUCAUUUCUGUAUGCGUUUUACAUUCAAUUCGAGCUGGGAAAACGCGAUGAUCUUGAUAAGAUGACGAUUGACGAGAUUAUAAACUUUCUCCCAAAAGCCCUGGAUUCCGUUUACAUGAAAUAUGUUAAACGUCUCGAAGACGAGCUGAAAGCGAUAAUUCCUGAGAAUCUUGAUGUAUUGAAAAUACUGGAAAUGCUAGUGGCUGCUGAAGGACCUCUUCCCCUCGCGUUUGUCACCCGGGCUCUUGGUUUGGCUCGAGAUUGUCGUGAAACAAGGAAAAUUAUCAACAACGUCAAUGAGACGAUAUCGUGCUUGCUCUACGUUUCUGAUGAUAUGGUGACCGUUUUUCACAAAUCCGUUGUUGAUUGGCUUCUUGCAGAAGACUACAAAGAUCAUGAAUAUACUGUCAAGCUCAGUGAUGGAAAUAGAUCUCUUUGGCUAAUCUGCGAACAAAUUUUUAAAGACAUUAAGAAGUCUGUUUGCUCGGGACAUGAUUUAAACUUAACUAAUGACGUGAAGUACGCUGUGCAUUAUGGUCUUCGACAUCUAGUAACGUGCAAGAUGAGAGAAAGUUUCUUUUGGUUGGUAGAUGUUGUAAUCAUACACGCUGUUUUAACUGAAUUCUUCUUACUUUCGGGAAAUCGUUUAUUAUCAAUUUGGGUCGAAAUUCUUCAAGGUGCUGUGGACAUAGAUGAUAAACUACGAGCACAAAUUUCGUGGCAUGUCGCUGACAUCGAAUUUCUGAGGACAUUGUAUCGACCAUCGUAUCAAAGUAGUUUUCCAUUGUACUAUUUGCAGAACGUUGUUACUCAUUCUCCAGAAGGAUAUUUCAAUGAUAACGAGAAGAAAAUUGCAGAGUCGCUUUUGUCAAAGUUCCCACGAUUUGUUGAGUUUAAUUUUCAUGAAGUGGAAGUUAUGCCCCUUUCAGUCUGCCAUUGCAAACCGGUAACGAAUACUAAAGAUGUGUAUUUCAGUUUAGAGAAGUUUGUAAUGGGUAUUGGUUUGUCCUACGACAAGACAAUGGCAGCCGUUUCGCGAAGAAAUGGAACAAUCCGUGUGAUAUCCGUACCACGUUUGGUCGAGCUGUGGUCGUAUUCAACUGAAUACCAAAGUAUUUCAUGUUGUACUUUUGCUCCAGACAGUUCGUUCGUUUUAUUUGGAAAGCUGGAAACAGUUCUGGACAUUGCUGAAAGAAAGGAAGUUCCAUUUUUCCAUGGAAAUAAAGAGAAAUUCAGGUCGUGUGCAUUUUCCCCGAACGGCAAGAGGCUGGUAACUAGCGACCGUACACGCACUAUUAAGUUAUGGGACGUUGCCAAGCGAAGCUUGCUGUCGUCACUUUGUGCUGAUGUUGCUAUUAAUUGCUGCUCUUUUAGCAGCACCGGUUUGUUUAUCCUUGGAGACUGGAUAGAAGAACAAAAUGUCAUCUGGGGCGUUCGGGAACAAGACACGUUUUGCGUUUGGAACGCCAUUACAUGGCAAAGGAGCGAUGAGCGAAACUUGCCCGAUGUAAUGCUGGAUAAAAGUAAGCUAUGUUACCGUUGUUUCCGGCCAGGAUUUAAAGAAUUGGACACUUGUACAAAAUUAGCAUUCAAACCAUACACAUUGGAAGCAGGGGUCUACAAUGGUGUAGAGUGCAUUUUGGCAUUGGACGGGCAACUUUUAAGUGUCAUAGAAAACACUCAUUUCAGCACGCUUGCUGUCUGGAACCUAGCUGAUUAUUUCGGACAAGAACACUCCUUCAGGAAAAUAACGGCGAUUGAAAAUGAUCUGUGGUUCGUUGCGAAUGAGGAAAAACUAUUUGUCUUUAGGACAUUAGCUCCAACACAAGAACAACGUUCUCCCCUACCACGGGUUUGUUCGUGUUCGUUUUCUCCUGAUGGCUCCCGACUUGCAACCUGUACUUCAGAUGGUUGUAUCAGCAUUUGGAAUGUCGAUACGACCCAAGUUGAACAACGUUUCAAAAGCAAUCAAGGCAAAUCGUCAUUUGCUUGUUGGUGGUCGAAAGAAUUCUUGUUCGUGUUUGAUUUUUUUGACAGGAUUCCCAGCUUAUCAAAAUACCCAAUGGAUAUCAAUUUAAAGGUUCUAUUCACUGAAAGCCAGCAAGUGUCGCUGUGUCAUUUAGUGGAAGAGUUUGUAUGCUUAUCAGCAAUUGUUGAUUUUUCAGAGGGCAUACUCAGCUUCGAGUGUGGAGAGACGAAGUCUGUUAAAGUUCUCGAUGUCAGCGGAGUUGGGGAACCGCGAAUGGUCAACUUACCUGGGAUUAAGCUUGGAAUGAGUGUUACAGUUUCGACUGGUGCUUCCUUUGUCUUUGGUGCUGAUAAAUAUACGUAUUAUAUUUGGAAAAGAAUUGCCAAGGAGGAGCUGGAUGUCUAUGAAGUCUUUUUCACUAAAUCAUUUGAACGUCCUCGAGACUGGAUAUCUCCUUCAUGUUGCUUCAGUAACGAUUCUAAAGUCGCUGUUGUUUUGGACGUUUCUGGCAUUAGCGUCGGUGAAAUAUUUGACCUGGAGACCGGUGAUCAUAAAAGUGUAAGAUUUGAUACCCGUGGUUGUUGCAGGCUAUUUUGUCUCAACAAGGACAGAGUUGUCAUUGCUGUUUUACGUGGCUUUUUAAAAUUUUUUGAUAUGGACUCUGGUGCUUGUCUCGACUGUUCCUUUCAACGACAAUUAACACGGGUUUCGCUAGGACAACUAAAACGUUCUCCAAACGAAACCAUGAUAGCUUGUCCUAAGAUAAAUGGCGAUAUGGAGUUUCUUCGACUAUGCAUUCCACAAAGCUCGGUGUUGUCCUGUACUAAACGCGAGGCGGCUACUAAAUGGCAAAGCUCGGCAAGUUUUAAACUUGAUCGGGGGUAUGAGCGUCCAGUAUUACCGUAUACUACGCACUGA